GCUGCAAUCCUAUGCACAGGAGACAAAAAAUCAAAGUAUGCGAAGAAGCAAAUAAGCAUAGAGAACCAAGCUAUCCUUUGCUGUACUUAAAUUCCUAAAAUCAAAUGUGGCUGAUUUAUGCUUCGUUGAUCCGGUUUUUUCGCUUCUGCUAUAACAAGCAAGUAAUCCUGCUUUUCUUUUUUUCCUCAGCAACGACAACAAACUCUCACUCUCUUCUCCUUCUCACCUAACACUAAAUUCCUACUACAUUUUUAUUUCUUGUCUUUGCUACAGCCUUUUCUUUCUUCCUUGACCCAUAUAUACUCCAUACAAAGAGAAAGCAGAAAGCGAGAUUCUUAGUAGAUAUUAUGGGCAGGGAAUGGUACUGGGUUGGUGGCAAAUCCUCCAAAAGAGGAGCAACAGGGAUGGAUAAAGAAAAUGCAGGCACUUCCCCUGGUUGCAUGUGUUCUGUCUUUCAGUUAUUUGACUUCCAUCAGUUCCAAUUACCUUCACACCAACAGCAGCAGCAGCAGCAGCCUUCUUUAAAUCUCGAUUCUUUACUUCUUGAGGAUCCUCCUGUCUCCAAAGGUGCUGAAGCACCUAGAAAUAGCUUGGAGUUAGAUGAGCCUCCUUCUCCGACAACCAUAAAAGAAGAUGAGAAUUUACAUAUCCCAAUGGCUAUUCAAAUCAAAACAAAUGGAUACACAAGUAAUUCAAAAGCACAUGGAGCCCUAAAUGAUUCUUCCUCCUCAGAAAUCAGCUCUUCUCCAAGUACCAAGACCCCAACUUUGGUUGCUAGGCUCAUGGGUCUUGAUCUUCUUCCCGAUCAUCAAACCUACUCUCCAAUUUCUUCAACUCAUGAGACACCAAAUCCUCUAGGCAAGUCUCGUUCACGGCGUCGUUAUUCCCUCCAAAGCAAACAUGGCAGCAGUGAUUUUUCAGGUACCCGUUCUUUGCCAGAGACCCCAAGAAUAUCAUCAGCUAGAAGAUCAGAUGUGGAACAUCGGUUGUCACUUCAAAUCCACAAAGAAAACAUGAGUCCGAGUGAAGAGCUGGUUUUCUCUCGUAUCUCAUCUUUUAAACGAAAAGAGCUCAAAACUGAAGAAGAGAACAGAAGUCCUGGCCAUUAUGCUAGGCAGAUUGUGAAGCAAGUUAAAGAAAGUGUUAGCAGGAAAGUUGGUUUGGACAUUACGAACACAGUAAGAAGCAGAGAUCACGAGCUUGUUAAUCAAUUGAAGACCAAGAAAAUAAUGAGCAAAGUUCUAACCAGAGUCGGUGAUGAUUCCAGUAGUCCAGGCAAGAACUCAAUAGCUUCAGCUUCUUGCUCACCAAGACUCAAAUUCUUGGAACCAAGAAACAUUAAGCAAGUCUCACCCACUGUAAUGCAAUCCACCAAGGACCACAACAUUAUUUCUGAGUCUCCAAAAUCAUCAAUUCCGGCAACUCCCUUACAGGUCAAUGUCAUGCCACAAAAGAUGAAAGCUCCAACAAAACCAAAGUUACAACCGGUGCAAGAGCAAGUUCAGCAGGAGCAACAAAGACCCAUCAAGAAGUGCAAGAAAGUUGCAGAAGAGAGGUUCGGUCCACCACCAAGACUGAAGAAACCUCCGCAAACUUCGGAUAUUAUCCGAAACAAGCAAGAGGAAUCAUUUGUGCGUCAAGCAACAGUAACCAGAGCAAACAUUCCUGACAAGAAAUGCAAGAAAACUCCGUUAUCAAAUGACCUUCUCAACAUUACCGUCCCCACUCUUCUCCUCCCUGUCAAGAAAGAUCCUACCACUACUCCCCGAGCUGCAAAAAUCCCCCCAAAACAGGCAGCAAAUCAUGCUCAAGAAUCGAAAUGUAGCUCACAGUUAUUUAGUUGUUCGCGCCAGUCGUACAAAGAACAAGAAGUGAUUCAUACUACGCUCAAUGCCCGAGGCAACAGCAGCAGCAACAAUGUGGACAGGUCUAACGGUGCUGCUGCUGCUGCCACCACGACCACCACAACCACCACCGGAGAUAAAGCAGCUGAAAUAGAAGAAUAUGAGUACAUAAGUAGAAUACUAAGACGUACUGGCAUAGACAAAGAUACUCAAGUGUCCUUUACUAGGUGGUUUUCUCCUUCUCAUCCUUUAGACCCUUCAAUUUUUUACUAUCUUGAAUAUUUCACCACUAUUUCCCCUUCUUCUUUGACCAACCCCAAUAAUAAUAUCGGUCAACUCAGUCAUCGAUGUAAUAGAAAGUUACUGUUUCACCUUGUGGAUGAAAUCUUGGUCGACAUAUUAAAACCUUACUUGAACAUGAAACCUUGGGUAGAAAGAUUUGAUUUUAGCGCCGCCGUAACGAUUAGAAGUCACAGUAAUUUUCAAGGGUCUGAUUUAGUUGACAUGCUGUGUUCAAAAAUUAGAAGCUUUCCUGGCGCUGACUGCAGAGUUCUUGAUGAUAUUGAUGCAUUAGUAGACAAAGACAUGCGACAUUUAUAUGUUCAAAACGAUGUGGCUUUUGGCGAGGAAGGAGAAGGGAUUGUGACCGAGUUGGAGAAGGAUUUAUUGGACACGUUGAUACAUGAAACGGCUGUAAUUUUCUAUGCUGGAAUUUUACAAAACGGCAUGGCGUUGGGGUUCUGAUGGAGUGGCGUCGGGUGAUAAAAGAGAGACAGAUAGCAGAAGGGUCACAUGGGGCAAUUCACGUGAUGAGAUGCUAUUCGUUGGGGUUGUUGGUGGGACCCUCAUAUAUAAUACUAAUAUAAUUUUAAGAUUGGGACUUGUAAAAGGAAAAAGGGAAAGAGGAUUGAGGUGUACACGUGGAGAUAACACACGCGACAUCACUCCCUUAUUUAGUGGUUGUUAAAAGACAACAUUUGCCAGAGGAAUCCAUUUACCUUUUGUAAUAAUAUUUUUUUCUUUCUAUACAGUAAUUCAACUCCAUUUUCAAAUUCUAAGAAUUUCUGGGACUUGGAAAAUAACUAGUUUUCCUACUAGAGGCCAUAUAUUUUGUGUAAUUAUUGGGGUUGUUCUAUGUAUCUAUAUGGACCCAGAUGUGAAUUUUAUCACUCUA